AUGCAAUCGAAGUGUAAGACAUCGAGAGGAGGCUGUUGCAGAGGCGAACGCAAAAUGGUUAAAUGCGCGGCGACCGCUAUAGAAAAAAUGAAGGACAUGUUCGGUACAGCGGUGUGCACACUCGACGACCCGUCGGGCAAACCGCCGAUCGCCACCUCCGGUUGCGUGAUGGACGCGAAAUGUCAAAUGCUCGGAUGUCCGUUCCGCGGGACCGGCGUGGCGCCAAACGUAAGUGGUAUUAGUAGCAGACAGUGGCGCGACCAGCGAGGAGGAGGAGGAGGUGGAGGAGGGGAGGGGGAGGGGGGUUGUGAGUGGUUGCGACCGACCAACCCACCUAACCACCCCCCCCCCCCCAAAAAUAUGCGGGUAAGUUUUUUUUUACGAGUUUUACGUGGCACGUGGUUUUAUGAUUUUUAUAAACGAUUUGAAACGUAAUGCCGUAGCACCGUGUACGAACGUGCGGUAACGGAUACGACGUGGUUUCGGCCAUGACUGCGAUAAGUCCGGGGUUGGGUUAUUGUAAUAUUGUUAUGCCAUUAACUCAACGGCGCGCGGUAACGGCUCAUUGCAGAGACACGUUCAGCGUUCGGUCCGGUUAUGAGCCGUCGGCUAAACGGACCAAUUUAACUAUUAUUGAUUUCGAAUCGCGCGAAUUGCUAUUGUUAUAAUUUAUUCGUUUGUUUCUCAAAAAAAAAAAAAUAAUACUGGGCCUCACUGAGUAUUCUCGUGUGGAGGCCCGGGCGUUUUCACGUCAACGCGUGUUCGAUUAUAAAAAUGGCGAUAUGUGUACGGUGUUUCGAGAAUUGUUGAUUAUGUAUUAUAAGGAAAACUGUCGAAACCAGUGAAAACGUUAAAUUAAACGUAAAAAAAUCGUCGCGUGUAAACUUGAAAAAAACGGCAAAGUUAUAAUGCAAAUCGUUAGUUAAAGAAAUGUAAAAAAAUGGUCGCCACCCAACAGUAUAGGUGUUUUUAUAACAAUGGACCGGUGUUAAAUUCGCAAAGCAGCCGUGUCGCAACGGCUAUUUUAAACCUGUGCAGUUGGAAUGUGUGUAGGUGUUUUGAUAUUGAGUUUAGAUUUUUCGUACCGGCGGAUUCAUACCGUUUUCGCGUGGCUGUUUUACGGGGCCGGCGUAUUCGUAAAGUUAUUUUCAGCCAAUCUGGCUACACUACCUAUACUGCGACGCGGGGGUUGUUUUGUUUUUAAAAAAGGACUGCCGAUAUCGAAUACAAGUUUUUGAUAUUUAGUACAUUAGAAUCUUCGUAGAGUUGUUUCGUGUGGUAUUAUUUUAUCUUUUUUUUUUUUAUUUUAUUUCAAGACGAUCCUGAUUGGAGUAUUUCGACUAGUUCGCAAUCGAGAGAGAGAGCGUUAUCAUAUGAGUAGAGUGUUUACAAAUUUCAAACACAUAAAUAAUGUGAGUGUCAAUUAUUUUCCAACAUGCGUCCGUCUAUAAAUGAUAGUCGAACAUUUCGACGGUUUUACUCAUAUACUUAGCUAUUUAUAACAUUACCCGCUCCAUCGCACAAAACACCAUCCGAAAUUGACAUUUUUCAAAUUCAUAUCCUCCCCCCCCCCGCCCCCGGAUAAUAAAUUCCGGUCGCGCCACUGGUAGUAGAUCGCCAACGUAUUGUUACCAUAAACGGGUGAAUUUUACAUCGUAACUCAUCAGAAGGCGCCUAACAAUGAUAUACGUUAAAACGGUCCUCGCCCAAUCGGCGGGGUUUUAAGCGCUCCGAAUCCAGAAUUUCGGAUUUGUCGAGAAUUUCGAAUGCCGCGCAAACGUGUUAUUGUUGUUAAACCGAAAAACGCCUUCGCGCGCUGUCACACAGGUGCUGCAAGGGCUUUGCGAAAAACCGUUGGAAGGGAACGGACGGACGGAUCAGAACGCAAUGGUCCUGUUGCCGGGCGAGGUGGGCUUGCGCGGAGACCGGGCCACCUUCUACUUGGGCUCGAGCGACGGUCAAACAGCGCCGAUACCCGACGACAGCCAAUCGGCCGGUGCCGUGUACUACAACAUACGUCCCACCCAACCGCCGGCGACGGUGACCGCCGGCCGGGGGCCCGCCAAGUCUGUAAUCCCGCCAAAUCCGCCGAAGCCACGCAAGCACGUGAUGCAAAUGCUGCCCGUUCUUCCCAAGUCUACGAAACCGGCCGUCGGACCGGUUACCGGGUUGCCGAUUUCCGAAGACGAGCACGUAUUCGUCAUACGGCUGGGCAAGCGGCACAAUGAACCCGACGAGAAGGCACGACUGCAGAUCGAGAUGCGCAUGCCCAAGAUAAAGAUCCCCGUCACGACAGAGGUUCCCUCGCAGUAUAUGGAAUCGGACCUACUGCCCGCCGUCAGCUCUGGCGAUAAGGACGGCGGAAAAGGAAAAAAGAAAGGGAAAAAGUGA